AUGUCGCAACCCCCCCCCGCGUUUCCUCCGAAGACGAAGACGAAGAUCGGCGUCCUCGCGCUGCAGGGCUCGUUCGCGGAGCACUGCGCGCACGUCCGCCGAUGCGGCGGCGAGCCCGUGGAGGUGCGCAAGGCGGAGCAGCUCGUGGGCUGCUCCGGGCUCAUCAUCCCCGGCGGCGAGUCCACGACGAUGGCGAACAUCUGCCGGCGAUGGAACCUCUUCGAGCCGCUUCGCGACUUCGCCGCGAGCGGCGGCGCGGUGUGGGGCACGUGCGCGGGGCUGAUUUUCCUCGCGGACCGCAUCGGGCGCGGCGCGAAGCAGGGCGGGCAGGAGCUGUUGGGCGGGCUCGACGUGACGGUCGAUCGCAACUUUUUCGGAUCGCAGGCGCGUUCUAUUACCACACCGACGUCGAUGCGUUGCGCCGUCCCGGACGCCGACGACGGCUCCGACACGCCGUUCCGCGCCAUCUUCAUCCGCGCGCCCGCGAUACUGAGCGCGGGGCCCGGCGUGGAGGUACUCGCGGAGUACGCGCUGCCGGAGGAGAAGAGAGCCGAGCUGAGAGGCACGGACGCGGAGGACGUCGAGAAGAUCAUCGUCGCCGUGAAGCAGGGCGGCAAUCUGCUCGCGACGAGCUUCCACCCGGAGGUGACGUCCGACGUGCGGUGGCACAAGCUGUUUUUGGAGAUGUCGAGCGCGGCGAAGGCGUACGCGGGGGUCGGGGAGGACGCGGUGCGAAAGGCGUCGGAGAGCGAGAUCGCGCUGAUUCAUCCGGGGUUGUUGCCGACGUUUACGGAUUCCGUAUUCGCCGGUGCGGCGCAGCAGGGGGGGGCGUGA